AUGGAGGACAGCGCUUGGCUCGGGACCGGGGUCUGCGUUACGUCUUCCAGCUACACCUUCGAAACACCCGAAGCGCCGCUGAGGAACAGCCCCAGUCCCCCCAACAGCACCGGGGGCACGAUUGACAGCGAUAGCUGGGACCCGCGGUUCAAUGACAUCCCCUCCGCCGUCUCCCUGCCCACCAAGAACAGGAAGAACUUCAGUCAGCUUAAGCGAGCGAAACCGUACGGUUCCCUGUUCCAGCGGGCAAAACCCGGCAACUUCCUGCCGGAGCGAAAGCAAAUCGAUAAGAUCAGGAAGAAGAAAAAGCUGAAGAGGAGGGAAACGGAGGUGUCUGCGGAGGAGGACUACGAGGAGAAGCUGCUGGAGCUGGAGGCGGAGGACUCUUACGCAGAGACGCCAAUGAGCCCCUCGUCUGAGGGCGACCCUCCGUCUGCGGCCGAGCACUGCUCGGCGUGGGACUCUGACACGCCGUCCAGCGUCUCCUACCCUGCCGGGGCAGCUGAGCAGACGGUGGAGAUCCAGAGCGUGGGCAAGCGAACGGUCAUCCGGCAGGGCAAGCAGGUGGUCUUUCGGGACGAGGACGGCACCGGGGACGACGAGGACAUCAUGGUGGAUUCGGAUGACGACUCGUGGGACCUGGUCACCUGCUUCUGCAUGAAGCCUUUCGCCGGGCGGCCGAUGAUCGAGUGUAACGAGUGCCACACCUGGAUCCACCUCUCCUGCGCCAAAAUCCGCAAGUCGAACGUCCCGGAGGUCUACAUAUGCCAGAAGUGCCGGGACUCCAAGUUUGACAUUCGCCGCCGGACUGGUGCUGCUCCCGCCGAGGGCUGCCCGGCAGGCCUGCCCUCACAGGGACGAGGGGUCGCCUCGCUGGGGGCAGCCAGGGCUGGAAGGGGCUGA